ACCUCUUUCUUCCCAACUCUUUUUAUCAACAACCCCCAAUCACAGUCAAAAUGCAGCAACGCCAACUCCUCGCUCUUAUCUCCCUGCUUGCCGCAGCGGCUAACACUGCUCCCGUCGGCACCCCACCAGCCGUCAGCGCUCUCGGCCCCGUGGCCAGCGACAUGAUCGAGAAUACCGCGCGCAACCUCUUGCCUCGUGCCGGCCCCGAAGCCGUCGCCGGCGGCGUAAUCGAGGGCCAGCGUGGUGCUGAGCACUCCGCCGAAGCAGAGCAAGAGGCGCAGAGACACGGGCAGCACGCCGAGGGCGCCGAGCAAGGCGCCGCAGGCGGCAGCCAGCACGCAGCGGAGGAAAGCCAGGGCGCCGCCCUCGAGGCCCAGCACAAGGCGAAGCAAGGACAGGAGGCCAGCAAUGAGGGCGACCACUCGUACGAGCAGGGCCAGGCGGCGCAGAGCCAAGGCCAGCACGCGGCCGAGGAGGACCACCGGUACAACGAGCACGGCAGCGGGGGCAAGAACGCGGGCAGUUUCGGAGCGAACCGUGGAGCCUCCAAGGAGGGCAUUGCGUACAACAACAAGGAUGGGGCUAAGAGCGGCGACAGGUUCGCCCACGACAAAUCCGACGGCUUCCACGCUGCGGCUGAAGGUUCCAAGGAGGCUUCCGAAGGGUCCGAGGCCAAGGGCCAGGGCCACAGGAUGGCUCAGGAGUCUUCCAAAGCGUCGGAGCAGGAUUCCAAAUCUGCCAUCGAAGGGUCCCAGGGCAAGCAGGAAGGCUCCAUGGGUGGCGCCGAGGGAUCGAGGGCCGGUCGAGAGGGCUCCAUGGAUGAGUCCGAGGCUUCUAGGGCUAAGGACCAGGGUGCUGCAGGAGAGCAGGGCUUCGGUGCUUUCUUCAAGGGUCUAGGUCUGGGAAACUAG